GCACUUGUAGGCGGGCCGAGGUCUGAUUGACUGGCGAAGAAGCCAAUAAGCCAGAGCCGUGUAACGGCAGCAGCCAGUAGAAUGACGACAGGGCGUAACGCGAGAAGGGAUGGCUGCGAUGUGCAUUCAUCGGACGCGUUUGAAACAUUCAGGGUAUAAAAUCAUGAUUUUUAGGUCAUCGCUGAUUUUAUUUGCGGCGUUAAGCGUCAGUUUAUGUGAUGACGGUCAUGAAAUGGAGGAGUUUUUAAAGAGAGAGUAUUCACUGUCAAAGCCGUACCAGAGUAUUGGAGUCUCGGGUUCGUCUCACUGGGAGCUGAUGGGAGAUGCUGUGGUCACCACUGAUCACGUGCGUCUCACUUUAGACCAGCAGAGCAAACAAGGAGCCAUAUGGAGCCGGAUUCCGUGUCAUCUAAAGGACUGGGAACUGCAGGUUCAUUUUAAGAUUCACGGUCAAGGCAAAAAGAAUCUGAAUGGUGACGGUUUGGCCGUGUGGUACACAAAGGAGCGAAUGCAGAACGGUCCCGUGUUUGGAAAUAGGGAUUUCUUUACAGGACUCGGUGUAUUCGUGGACACUUACCCUAACGAAGAGAAACUUUUGGAGGCCCAGCAGAAGAGAUACACGCCCCGCACACAGAGGAUAUUUCCCUACGUGUUGGCCAUGGUGGGCAACGGCACAAUCAGUUACGAUCACGAUCGAGACGGUCGGCCCACAGAACUGGGUGGCUGUAAUGCGAUGGUGCGCAACCUAAAGCACGACACCUUCAUCUUCAUCAGAUACGUUCGUCGCAGGCUCACGAUCAUGCUUGAUAUUGACGGUCAGCAUGAAUGGAGAGAUUGCCUGGACAUGCCGGGUGUGCGACUGCCUUUGGGUUUCUACUUUGGAGCUUCAGCUGUCACUGGAGAUCUGUCAGAUAAUCACGAUCUGAUCUCCAUGAAGCUUUACCAGCUGACCGUCCUGCGCAGUAAACAGGAAGAAGAGCAGGAAGAGGAAAUCUUAAUACCCAGCGUGGACAACAUCGACUUAUACAGACCAUACACAGAUGUGGAGAGCAUGAGCAGCGCUGCCAUCUUCUUCACCGUACUCUUCUCCAUGUUGGGUUUGUUUCUGCUGGUGGUGGUGGGACUCGUCGUUUACGGACACUGGAAUGAAAACAGACGGAAACGCUUCUACUGACAGAACGCAGACGAACACGAUAUAUGCAUCUUGAAGUUUUUAAUUUAUUUAUUAUUUAUGUUUUUACACUGUACUGUAUUAAUAAUAAUAUUCCUUUAUCCUUUCUUAACUCAAGCUGAAAUCUGUCACAGGAAUAAAUAAGGGCUUCAGUGUUUUGUGCUGAAGAUUGUACAGAAUCAGCUCAGUGUCUCCGUUGACAUUUCAGUUUAAAUGCUGUAUUGUUGUAGCCUUAACGUCCAUGGAUACCAUUUUUCUAGAGACCUUUAAAAUGCCUUGAAAUCAACUGAAGGAAAACUCAACUCAAACCUCUUUAGCAGCACAAGUCACACUUUUUGAUUUGAAGUAUUUCAUCUUUUGGCUCAUAACUCUGCAGCGCCACCUGAGAGAUUUCUCCUGUUUGUCUUUAAAGGGUCUGCGCAUCAGUUGUAAUGUCGGAUGUAAAGGUCAGAGGUCAAUUAAACUGAUCGUGUUUGGAAAGAGCUGUUCACAGAAGUUAUUUUUUAACCUUUGAUAUCAUGUGUUUGUUAAGACGGGUGUCCAAUCCUGCUCCUGGAGGGCCAGUGUCUCUGCAGAGUUUUGUUUCAACCCUAAUCAAACACACCUGAUCCAGCUAAUCAAGGUCUUACUAGAAACUUUCAGGCAGGUGUGUUGAGCAAAGUUUCAGCUAAACUCUGUAGGACACCGGCUCUCCAGGACCGAGUUUGAACUACAUGUGGAGCACAAAUACACAGCUGGUUUAUAAGGGUUAAGUUCAUGAGAAUUUAGUGAAAGAUUACAUUAAUUUAAUGACAUAUUUGUAUGUAAUAUAAAUACCGGUACUUAAUUUCACAAUCCGUUCUUUGUUUACAUAUACGUUAAUGUUCAUAUAUACAGAAACUUAAAUGUCAAAGGAAUUGAUUUGUAGUAAAUUUAUAUAACGUUGAAUUUACAAUAAAGUAUCAGUAAAGUCAUACAGACAGAAUGGUUAAAGGAUCAGUGCAGCUGAACACAGCACAGAUAGACAGUAAAACCAUACAAGCAAACCAUAAAUCAAUAUUAUGUCUGAUCAUCUUGGGAAAUCAGAUCAAUUCGUGGAUAGUCAGGGUGAGUUUCACAGCCUGGGCAACAAUUGAUCAAAGAUGAAAUCUGUGUACAGGAAGAAAUUCUUAUGGACCGGUGGUGCUUUUAUCACAAUGUUAUUCUUCUGAUCAACUUACACACAAAAAAUUAAUUACACAAAUUAAAAUUUCAGGUUGAUGUUUGACACACACACAAAACUUUACCCUUAUUCUCAUGUUACCAUUUACUUUGAUCUGUGUAUUUUUGAACUCAACACAAACUAAGAUUGUGAGUCAUAAAUGAAUCUGAUUAUUUGAAAAUAAAUGU